GUCACGUGCACUGCUUGGCAACGUCGCGCGACCUGUAUGCGAUGUUCCGCUACCGGAGCGGCAACACCGCGCGAGUGCGAGCGCUAUGUUUGCGCUAUACUCGCCAUACCGGCACCGACCGGCGUCCUGCGCGCCGCGACCCAGCGCUAACUGAAUGCUGACAUUUAUCGUGAUCGCUCGCUCGUUGGCUACACACUGCACUCGAUUACCACAGGGAAAGUUACUUAAAAGAUAUUCGUGCGUGACAUUCGGUUAUGUAAACCUGUUGGUAUCGGUACGGCGGCAUGCGCUAGCCUCGCUUCGUGUAGCGCGGGAUAGCUCGCGUCGCGCCAGUGUCGCGCGGCCCCGGCCCGCCUCUCGCAGCGGCCCCGGCUCGGCUGGCGCCAUGGCGACGCGCGAAGACCGCGAGCGGCUCAUCGACGAGGUGAAGAAGUUCCCGGUGCUGUACGACACGCGGCACGAGCACCACCGCGACAUCGACGUACGCGACCGCUGCUGGACCGAGAUCGCCACCAAGCUCGGCGCCAACAGCGAGGUUCUAAAGCGCGAAUGGAAGAUCCUGCGCGACUCGCUGCGGCAGUCGCUGAAGAAGGCGCGCGGCGGCGCCACCACCAAGGCCGGCGUGCCCUGCAAGAAGUGGCGCUUCCAGGCGCGCAUGGCCUUCGUGCUGCCGUACAUGACGCGCCGGAGCCAGCAGGCACUCAGGCAGGAUGACAUCAAGUCGGACGCGGACGCCGAGAGCGGCCUAGCGGGCGAGGCGGGCGAGGUGGGCGAGCCAGGCGACGCGGGCGAGUACCAGCUGAGCGGCGGCGGGGGCGGGGGCGGCGGCGCGGGCGCGGUGGGGGGCGCGGCGCCGGACGCGCUGGAGCUGUUCUUCGCGUCGGUGUGCGCCAGCGCGCGGCGCCUGCCGCGGCCGCUGCAGCGCGCGCUCAAGCGGCAGGUGCUGGACGCGCUGCUGCACGCCGAGCAGCGCGCCGACGACGCCGACCUCGCGCCCCUCGCGCCCGACCACGCGAGAGACUCCAAACCCGUGCUCUACAAUGACUUUUAAUAUCCACUUGCGACCGAUUUUUGUAUCGAUAAAUUACAGAUCCAACAUAUAACAUUAUAGACGUUUUCAUAAAUUAAUAAAUAAACAUACGUACGUUUUAA